UUUAUCGUGGAACAAUAAAGCAUAUAGAAAAACGCCCAAUUAAACCUGCGCCCAAUAAAUCUACCAUUGACAACACAAAAACGAGUCACAAAAUGGGCGGCGGACAGUCGGUGCGGGCGACUCACUUCCAACGUCCGGCUGGAGGCGAGCCAAAAGAAGAAGACGCUGUGGAACAUCACAUCAGCAUCUCUAAUAAAAUGGUGGAGAGAUUAGUGGAAGACGCGACGUUAGCAGGGGGCGCGGCGGCAGCAGUAGCGAACACUGCCACAGCACCUCGAGAGGACUACAAAGAGAAGAUAAACAUGGAGAAACUGAAAUGCUUAGACGAGAACCACUCGGAGAGAAUGGGAUUGACAGUGGAGGACUUGAACGCUACAGCGGCAAGAAUAGAACUGCGAACUGCUAACAUGGGGGGCGUGGAUCCAGUCUGUGCCGAUAGCAAGCACCAAGUAAUAGAGUGUUAUAAAAAUGAAUCGCCCGCUGACGUCAUCAAAUGUUGGGAUACUGUUGGUGCGUUUACAAAAUGCGUUCAAGAUGCGGCCAGUACGCGACUGCGGGUGCGCACCCAGAAGGAUGCUCGCGAGCAUGCUCGGCGGACGCGACACGUCGCGCACGCUAGGCAGCACGCGCUCAGGGAUCUGGGGCCACCGCCGACAGACGAGGCUGUACCAACUUAGCCGAGAAUAGAUGUAGACACCACGCCGGCAUACACAGACCACCAGUGUAUGCCGGCUGAAGAACCCAGCGACCCGGAGGUCGUCGCCUCCGGAGUUGAAGCCGGGGUAGAGGGGUAUACCCCGAGCCCCCUACCUCGCCCGCCCACACAACAUCGGGCGGCCAGAGACGACCUUGUUGUUGUUAUUUGAAUAUUUAUUUAUUUAUAUAUACAUAUUUUUGAUAAGCUUCACAGAUUUACCAAUGCACUCAGCAAAAACUAUGUAUGUAUGUAUAAUAAAAAAUCUAAUUAAGCUUCAAAAAAUA